UAGUCGUUACCGUAACAUGAAGAUCGUCAUAUGGGUAGUCGUGGCUCUAUUUAUUGCCACUGAAAAAGGAUCGGCCAGCUUGCACGAUAAUGCUUGUGGAAAGCGUGACCCAAUGGGUCCGAAGAUUGCUGGAGGUCAAAAUUCGGACAUACGGACGCAUCCGUGGAUGGUUAUGGUGAUAAGUAAUGAACCUUGUGGCGGCUCGCUUAUUAAUCCUCGUUAUGUUUUGACGGCAGCGCAUUGCAUAUCCAGAAAUUCUAUGAAGGUUCGCUUGGCCGCAGAUGGCUUAGGUCCUAGCGUAUCAAAGGCCUUUGAGGUUGAAGUCGAUAUGAAAAUUAUUCACGAUAAAUACUACAAUGCCGGAAACACUGGGUACGACAUUGGUCUUCUUCGAAUGGCUCGUUCGCUGCAGUACACAGAUUAUGUCAGACCAAUCUGCCUCCUCGUCGACGAGCAAGAGAAGCCCGUUCAAACAUUUACUGUCACCGGCUGGGGUGAAAAACAAUUUGGUAUCCGGAGCCAUGUCUUACAAGAAGCCACCCUAAACAACGCGGAUCUUUGGAGAUGCAGCUUUAAAUUUAGGAACUCGUAUGUUUUAUCCGAAAUAUGUGCCGAAAGUACGAAGAGCGACGCAUGUGGUGGAGAUUCUGGUGGCCCUCUAAGUGCUCAGCAAAAAUAUGAUGAAGAGGAACGGGUUUUCCAGUACGGUAUUGUCAGCCAUGGAUCUCACCACUGUACUGGCUUAGGAAUUUACACAAAUGUUACGCAUUUUAUGAACUGGAUUUUGAGUGCUGUUGAACUAUAUGGAUUCGACGAUGUCCAGGAGUGCACCCUUUAUCAUGUAUAAUUUUUUUUAAAACUUUCUUUUCCAAGUGAACACACAUUUUUUCUACAUUUUAAUUUACAUUUCAUUUCACAUUUUGGA